AUGCGCCCGUCACUGUCGUCGUCUACAACGACCCCCAACCGUGGCGAAAAGGGCUGCAACGAGGAGUGCCUUCAUCACCGCCGCCGCCGAGCGGACAGUGCGCCGUUUACCGCGUCGAAGCGCCAGAAAACAGACGACAACGACGCGCGUCGUGGCGAUCGCGAGCCUGCGCCCGUGCCCGCGAGUGGUUUCUUUGUCCGUCUCGCACGUUAUAUUCCUAUUGUGAACAGGUUUGUGGCGGAGGAAGACGUGGGUACGAAUGUGGAUUUGGAUGUCGGCGCGGACGCUGGUGUUGAUGACGACACGGACGAUGUAGAGUCGUCGGUCUUGAAGACAUGUGACCGGAUUCGGACGACGCAAGAGUACUUUGGUGAAGAGGGCGAGGGACGGGACCGUGAUGGUGGUGAAGAUGGAGGCGAAGAUGAAAAAAAGGUGCCGGAAACGUUUGUGCCAGUGGAUGUGGAGAAGAAGAAGAAUGUGCAGCAACAGCAACAGCAGAAGGAUACGCUUGAGGACGCGGUGGACGUGUCGGUGCCGCCGGUGACCCGCUCGACGCUACCUGCGGGUCAAGGGAAGAAGAAAUUUGCCACAAGACUGUCGCCUCCGCUCAAGUGUCGUCGUUCGCCGCCGUGUGAGAGCAAGCAAGAGAAGGAAAGCUCUAGCGCUGUGAUGGAUGAAGUGCGGCGAAUACGUGAGAAGCGUGAGGGCAUCUUCGGAUCAUCUCGACCGCCUCAGACGCCGAAUGCUGCUGGCACGCAGGAGCGACAGGUACCCACUUCUCCGUCGCCGCUCGACGUGGCACGCAAGAUCAUCAAAGAGAAAAAGAAAAUCUCGCUUGACGAGUUUGAGCGUCUUCAGCACCAGCUGCACGAAAUGGUCGGGACAACGCCUCACGAACAGUUGACGCAAGCAUAUUUGUUAAUGGAUCUCGGGCUCCUGGUGACGCCAAGCUGUCCUGGCGUAAAGUCGGAGCUAAGUUUUGUGCCUGGUUCUAUUGCUGCGCAGAACCGUGGUCGUUCGGCCGCUCGAAGUGAGCAGAAACGUGGAUCGGGAGAUGAGGUGAAGAGUGAUAUGCCGUCCGGCGCGAUGCUGCUACAAGCAAGAUGUGUUCUGAUGCGCUUGCGAGAAGACAUUAUAUUGGUGCUAAACAAGGUGCAGAGCCCGCCGGCGGAAGAAGCACUCAAGCCGACACCUUCGACGACCGUGUCGGGGACUUCGAGAAGUGCGACUGCUGCGUCAACUGAUGCGCCUGCGCCAAGUUCGUCUCAGGUGACGUCGAUGACCUCUGCAUCGACUCCCACGAGAACUGUUCUUGAGCAGCAAGAGAUGGAGACGAUUGGUGGAUUAGGGGUUAUACUUCCUAUUGGCGUCGAAGGAAUGAAACACGCAGGGGCGGAUGAUAAGGAUACCCGUGUCCGAUUUGUGUUCUCUCCUUCGCCCAGCAUGCGCGAGCCUCCCGUGAAAGUUUUGAACCAGAAGACUACGAAGGAUGACGGCAAAAAGUCUGUCGCGGCCGAGGAGGCCACGAAGCUUAGUGCUGAUAUGCCGGCAGUUACACCUGCUGCUUCUCUCAGCGGUGCUGCUAAUCCUCUCGCCAGGUUUAUGCAGCUAAAACCUGGACAGUGGAAGUGUACUGGAUGCCGUGUCUUGAACGAGGCUACCAGUGGCAGAUGUCCAUGUUGUGGAACCGCUCGAUCUGAUGGUGGCUCUGCGGCAAAAGCUCGUACUGCACUGUUGGAGACGACUGAAAAGUGUCCUUUGACUGGACUUAGCUUUGGUACAACCACCGAAGCUACAGCGGCCGCAGACAAGGGUACUGCUACGCCGGCUGCUGGCUCAAUCACGCCUGCUCUCACAAGUUUUAGCACUGCGUCGUCUCCGCAACCGAUGGAAUCCACAGCGUUCUGUUGGGCACCUGCCACAACGAGCUUCGGUACUGCGUCGUCAGCUUUUGGGUCGAGCUCAUCUGGUGGCGCUGAUUCCAGCUCCACUGCGGGAGGGUUCGGUAGUACUUCGGCUGCUGCUCCCUCGACUCCGUAUGGCAGCUCCACGUCUUCGUUGCAAGCUGCACCGCCAUUUCUUUUCGGAGGAUUUAGUCAAGCACAAACUGCGACUACGCCGACAAACACCCAGCCGACGCUCGCUUUCAGUGCGUCGAGUGCCCCAGCUCCUAACGGCUUUGAAACGGUGGUCCAAGUGGUGGAUUCGGCACUACAUUUCAUUGGUGUUGCACCGGAGCACGCCAAAGGUAGACGCAUUUUGAAGGCCAAGAGUCGCAAACGUAGAACGUCGUAA